AUGCGCGCCCGUCCAGAGCUCGCCUGCAUUCGCUGCACAGAGCUGGCUUCCGAGGUACUCGCCUCUUUCCCUUCCCAACUCAUCCUCACCCUCACCUCCUACGCGGAGGGAUCAGCCCCGCGGGGCUUCCGCACAACGUUGCCCACGAGAAACUUGCAAGGCAAGAUGCGGGAGGCUGAGGGGCUCCGCCCUUGCUGCACAGGCCCCGCCUUCUCCACGCCACGCCUGAAGCUCUGGCAGGGUGCCCAAUGCGAAAAAAUGAUGAAGAAAGAAGCUCUUCUCCUUAUCCCCAAUGUCCUGAAGGUUUUCUUAGAAAAUGGGCAGAUCAAGUCGUUCACAUUUGAUGGCCGGACCACUGUUAAGGAUGUGAUGGUGACACUACAGGACCGGCUGUCCCUGAGAUACAUUGAGCACUUUGCUCUUGUCCUUGAAUAUGCUGGGCCGGAACAGAAUCACAAGUUCUUACUUCUCCAGGAUAAGCAGCCCCUGGCAUAUGUGGUACAGCGGACACAUUACCAAGGAAUGAAAUGCCUCUUCCGAAUAAGCUUCUUUCCCAAAGACCCUGUGGAGUUGCUGCGCCGGGAUCCUGCCGCCUUUGAGUAUCUGUACAUCCAGGAUGAGAAGCAGUCAGCUACUACUCUCCUGGUGGGACCCCGUCACGGCAUCAGCCAUGUUAUUGACCUCAAAACCAACCUCACCACUGUGCUGUCCGAGUUCAGCAAGAUCAGCAAGAUCCAGCUGUUCCGGGAGAACCAGAGCGUGGCCCGGGUGGAGACCAGCAUCAUGGAUGCCAAGCCUCUGGUGCUGUUGAUGGAGUGGCCAGAAGCCACCAACUUUGCCUGCCUGAUCGCAGGGUACUGCCGCCUCCUGCUGGAUUCCAGGAAGAUGGUCUUCUCCAGGCCUGCUAGCCAACCACUUCCACCUCCAAUGAUCAAGGCAGAUUACAUGCACAGCGCCCACCGCCCUGUCACUGGGGGCCACCUGGGGAAAAAGGAGAGUAGUUAUGUGGGCAGCGUGGGCACCAGCCCCAGGAAGUCGAGCCACUGCACGCCCCCGCCUGCCGACUCUGAGCUUGUCAGCUUCUGCUACCUCCAUAUGCGGGAACAAAGGAAGGAGCAGGAAAGCCGGACAGAUGUCAAUGAGAACCUAAUCUUCUUUGAGGAGACCAGACCCCGGACAAAGUCUGAUCCCACAUCCAAAACCUCUGGCCAAGGCUAUGAUGUGGUCCCCGAUGACUUUGAUGCAGCCAGCCUAGACCACGAGCCUUGUGCCAGCAGGGCCCGCUCCUACACCUUGGACAAUUCCCUUGGGGCCGAAGCCCUGAAUUUCUACUGUGACUCUUGCAAAGCCAAACUUCAGGAGCAGCUGGGCCCUCGCAAGGGCGGGAAACCUGGCUCCUCUCGUGACAAUAUGGUAGACUUGAUGUCCCUCCCACCCCCUGGAAGUGAGGAGGAAGAGGAGGAAGAAGAUGAGAGCACUUCUCUGUUGCCUGCCAUUGCUGCCCCACCCCCCGGGUUCCGAGACAACAGUUCUGAUGAGGAUGACCCCAAGCGCCGGGCCGUCCAGAGCCAGGAACAGGGACGCCACCUGCGUGGGCUCCUGUAUGAUGAGAUUCCAGUGACACUAAUUGACAGUGUGCAGACCCGGACAGUCCGAGAUCACGCCCAGGAGCUAGAUGAUGCCUUGGUGUCCACUCUACAGGCUCUGGAAGCCCUGGCUGCUUCAGAGGAUGGACCACAUCCCCCACCCCCACAGACUGCAGGUCUGAUUGUGCUGGCCACAAUCACCCCUGAAUCAUCCCUGGACUCGGGCCAUGAGACCAACUCUUCGGAGCUCACAGACAUGUCGGAGAUGAUGUCGGCCAUGAAGCAGCACCAGAACACCACCUACUUCCUGGCUCAGCAUCUCAACAAGGACAGCCUCCUUGCCCGCAAGGACCUGCCCUUCCGGAUCCAGAGCUGUGCAGCCCAGGCUGUCCUCACAGCCCCUUAUUCUCUUGGGCGACCAGAUCCCAACUCAGCAUUCCAGCCAGCUGUCACAGGCCAGAGUCCCGGACCCCCUGGUGCUCGGAGGAAGCUGCCUCCAUCAGAGGCCCAGCCCCAGGGCGAGCGAACGUAUGCCCUGACAGUGCACCCAGCACUGUCCCCUCAGCUUAGUGAGCAGAAGAAUCUGAGCCUACUGUCCCCAGUUCCUGAGGACAAAGGGCCUAGCCAUACCAGAGCAGGCCUCGAGAUGUCACUGAGGGCGGCCACCCCAUCCCUCAGUGAAGAGCAGGUCUCUGAGCUUAGGGAGAACUUGCCCAAGGAAGUCAGGCUAAGCCCCAAGCUUAUCCUGGACCCCAAGGGAAGUGUGACCCCAGCCAUCAUCUCUGCUGCCCUGCAACAGGUGGUUCACAGUAAGAGUCUAGCCACCCCUGGGGGAACUUUGGGAAACCCUCCUAGCAGGGGAGAGAGGAGGCUGGAUGCCAGCAUGGGAAGGCCAGAGGUCAGUGUAAUGAGCAAUAAGAAUCUUAAGUUUAAAAUGAGUCCUGGGGGUCUAGAGAGCUCUCGGAAUUCUCAGCCACUGAGCACCUCGUCCAGCCCCAGAGCACGCACAGGCAGCAGAGCUGAGAGCCUGCACCUCUCUCCACAGGAGGACAGGCUGCCAGAUCAAAAUGUUCCUCCUAAGAGCUACCUUUCUCGAGCGAGUCGAGAGUCAGGGGGCAAGCAAGCUGCCGGGGAGGGGCCAGGCCAGGGCGGGCCCGAAGGCACUAAGCCAGCCCUGCACAAGCAGGCCCCAGUCUCGAGCCAAGGGGAUAAGGGGCAAGUGGAGACCACACAUAAAAGCAGCAAGCUUGAGGAGACCAGCCUGGUGCCCCGGGCUGGCUAUGCCAUGGCACUGCAGAGCCCCAGCAGCCAGCCACGGGGCCACAGUCCCAGCUGCCAGCCACGCAGUCUCAGCCCCAGCUGCCAGCCACGCAGUCUCAGCCCCAGCUGUCAACCACGUGGCCCCAGUCCCAGCUGCCAGCCACGUAGUCUCAGCCCCAGCUGCCAGCCACGUAGUCUCAGCCCCAGCUGCCAGCCACGCAGUCUCAGUCCCAGCUGCCAGCCACGCGGCCCAAGCCCCAGCAACCAAUCCCAAGGCCAGAGCCCACUGAGGCCUCAAGUUGACAGCCGACAGGUGAGCACCAUGCCCUCUCGGAAGCUUGAAACGACCUUGGAUGGCUCCCACUCGGCUUCUGAAGGCCCUGCAAAGCCCAAGUCAUCCCGAGGCCCUUUCCGGUUACGCAAUUUAUUUUCUGCCACCUUCCCAACCCGCCAGAAAAAGGAGACAGAUGAGCGGCAGGCCCAGUUGCAGAAGGUGAAGCAGUACGAGCUGGAGUUCCUGGAGGAACUUCUCAAGCCUCCAAGCCAGGGGGAGCUGCCGGGCCCCGAGUACCUGCAACCUCCAGCACCUGGCCGCUGCAGCUGCCAACUUCGCAGCAGUCCCGUGCAGCAGGGCCCCGGCAUGUCUCGUGAGCAGAGGCGCAGCUGUGAUUGCAAGCGCAUCUGCCGAGGGGGCCGGCCUCAGGCCGCCCAGACCCCGGUGCCCAGCCUGCAGGGCAGGGAAAGGGACAAAGUCCCCCCUACCCAGAGGCAGCCAGAAGCCGGCCUGGGCUUGAGCCUCAGCAGCCCCAGCAACAUCCGACGCAUCCGCUCCACCAGUCUGGAAUCCCGAGACUGUCGAUCAGACCCUGAGAGUGGCAUUUCCUGCCUGACCACGUGUGCCUCUGGGGGCGAGUGUCUGGGAGCUCCCAACUAUAGGAAGUUGAUGCGCCGCUACAGUAUUAGUGAGUUGGAACAGGGUGACAGGGCCUCCUUGACCUCAGAUGUCUACCCUCACCCGCCCCUGGGCAUGCUGCCCAGAGAGGCCAAGGAGGUAGAGGCAGGCCUUCCCCUAGCCUUGGGUCCCAAGAGCAAGUCUCUGGAAUCACCAACUCUGGGAGACCCCUCCUACGUCCAGGUUGCCCCUGAGACCAAAGGCCCCAGGCAGAUGGCUGUGUUUUCCCUGCCGGAAGAGGUGUACCGCAGACCUGCCGAGCUGGAUGAGGACAGUGAGAGCAGCAAGUGCUGCUCCAUCCGCUACUGUUUCUACUACCGCAAGUGUGACAUGGCUGAUGACGCGAGUGAUGGCAAGGACGAGCUCUCCUAUUCCAUCCCUAUGAAGAUUCUGCCUGGCAUGAAACUGGAUGAACAGGUGGUGCCCGUGGUAAGCAGGACCCUGCAGGUGCUGGAUGCAGCCACCUGCAGCAGCAGCAGCCCUGAGGCAGCCCGCACCCAGGAGAUCGAUCUGCGGGUGUCUACCUUUGAGGGAAGCCUAGCCAAAAUCAAUGCCCUGCGGGCCCACGCCUACGGCCUACCUGAUGGCUUCCUGGCUGCCCGCCUGGACACCAAUGAGCUGCUGACGGUCCUGAGGCAAUGUGUGGCCAGCGCAGAGGCCCGCGCCCCCAAGCCCUAUGUCUCCCAGAUUUCUGAGUACAAGCUGGAACUGGCACUGAAGUUCAAGGAGCUGCGGGCCUCCUGCCGCCGUGUGGCCAACGUGGACAAGAGCCCCACUCACAUGCUGGCAGCCAUCACGGGCAGCUUCCAGGUGCUGAGCAGCCUCAUUGAGACCUUUGUGAGGCUGGUGUUCAUUGUGCGCUCAGAGGCCCAGCGACAAGAGCUGCUGGCCAAGGUGGAAGAGGUGGUGAGGAACUACACCUUUCUGCUGCGCGCUGCAGAGGAGUCCACAGCCCGGAACCUUAACCAGCAGCAGCAGCAGCAGCAGAGCCACUGCGGAAGGCACCUGCCCUACCCUGGUGGUAUGUCUGCAGAAAACAGCCACACAGGGCUGUCCACAGCCAGCCUCACAGCUGGCAGCAUUGGACGCCCUCGCCCCCAGGUCCAGUAG